AACGCGAUUCGUAAAUAACAGCGGCGGGCUGAGUGACGGCUGAUUCAACUUUUUCAACAGCGACGACGUCAACAACAACAACUGACACAGCAGCAGACACCAAUGAUACCGCCACAACAGUUACAUCAACAGUCACGAACCAGCAUUGACACAUCAGCAUCAACAAUCAACAGGGCUACAACAGCAGCAGCAUCAUCAUCAUCAGCGUCAUCAUCAUCAUCAGUGCCGAUGUCCCGCGGCCCGGACUCUGUUGAACGGCGUCUCGCCGAGUACAGGAGCAGCAGGAGGAGACGCGACCCGGGCACCACGGGGAGCCCCACGCACCACGAGGGGGCAGGCGGGGGGGGUGGUGGUGGUCCCCCGGCUGCUGCCGGAGCGGGGCACGGUGGCUCCUGGCUCGGCCGCCUCCUCCCGCGGCUCUGGGGACGCGACGCGCCGCACCGAGUGGAGGCCCCGCGCCCUGAGCAGGAGCAGCCGCAAGGUGUGGAUCCCUUGCGAGGAGAAGGGGCCCCUGGCGAUGGUGACGUUGGUGGUGGAGUUGGUGGUGGAGUUGGUGGUGGAGUUGGUGGUGGAGUUGGUGCUGAUGGAGGGGGGCGUGGGCCCUCCCCUCGCUGGGCCCUCUGGCUCCGCGUCUCCAUCUGGCUGCUGCUCCUUGGCCUCUUCUUCUACCUGCAGCUGCUCACGCCCUUCCUGCUCGUGUCCGUUCUCAUCUUCCUCCCGCUCGCCUCCUCCCGCAGGGCCCGUGGCACCCUGAGCGCGUACUCGGUGUUCAACCCCGGCUGCCGCCCCCUCCUCGGGGCCAUCACCACAGAGCAGCUCGAGAGGGAGAUGGGCUACGGAGCCUUGUGAUGCCACCACCAUCACCAUCCACACAGCUCGCCGGGAUGAAUCGGGGGUCUGCAAUCACCAGGGACCGUCGGGGAGGAGAUGGAGCCACGUGAACCGUGGCCGUUGGAUCGGAAUCGCACAGAACUCUACGCACGAAGAUCCCCCCGUGUAGCAUUUGACAGACUGUUGGGGUAAAGUGUGGAUGGCGAGUAGCACUUGCGAAGGGCUGGGACGGCGCACGAGGGGGGGGGGUAGUGUGUGUUCCACCACGCCCGGCCGCCUUUGUCUUCUUCACACGUACACAAUCGGUUUACUUGCCAGGGCAGGGGUGCAAUGGGCACACUUGUGCACACUCUUUUACGUGCGUGCACACACAUGCGUGAAUAUACGAGCGUGCGGAGAUGGUGAUGUGAAUAUCUCUGUAAAUAAACGCUCGCUCGUCAGCUCUUGAGUG